CACACACACACACACACACACACACACACACACACACACACACACAUUGAAAGUGUCCAACUCCCUUCAAUAAUUAGAUUGAACUACACUAGAGAGAGAGAAGGAGAGACGGAGAGACUUGAGAUAGAGAUAUUUGUACCUCAAGUUGUAUCUUUUUAUGCUUCUGUGCUUUAGCAAUGUAAAUGUACAUUUCCCAUGCCAAUGAAGCCUAGUGAAUCUUUGAAUCUUGAAAGAGAGUGAAAAGGAGACAGACAAACAGGGCGAUAUGCAGGGGUUUUGUCCUCUGCUCCUCCUGCUCUCUUAUGUCUCUGUGUUUAGGGUUCUUGUCUCCGUGGUUACAGCUGUGGAGCUCCCGAGGGGGCGUGGUGACAGCAAACCUGGGAGCCCGGCAGGUUGCCAUAGUGACAGGGAUAAGGAUGACCGUCCACGCAAGAACUGCACAGCUGGAGGAUUCAGCAACAUCCCCUCCGGACUCGAACCCACAACCGAGGUGCUGCUGCUUCCUAUCAACCAGCUGUCGUCUCUAUCUUGGUCCGAUUACAGGAUGUUCCCCAAAAUCUACGAGAUCGACCUAACAUCUAACCAGAUCCAUGCUCUCUCUGACAUUUCUGAGGGGGGUCUGAAGACUCUGAGGGUUCUACGUCUGGGUUCAAACGGUUUGGAAGUUCUGGCAGACGGAUGUUUCUCCCCCUUCCCCUUCCUGGCGGAACUCUACCUCCCCCACAACUCCCUUGUCUCCCUCCCAGACGACGUCUUUAGGGAUCUCACCAAGCUGCAGAUCCUGGAUCUGUCGUCCAAUAGGAUCAAAGUUCUUCCUCCACAUAUCAUCUACCCCCUCGAGGACAUAAAGACGCUUUACCUAGAAAACAACAAGAUCCAGGCGAUUCCAGAUGGCUGGUUCAGCGUACAGGACAUGGGAAUCCCCUAUCUGUACCUCUCGGCCAAUCCGUGGCGCUGCUCCUGUGCCCUUGGCUACCUGCACGAUUACCUUCUAGACUUCGAAACCUCUGUGUAUGUGAGAAACGAGACGGACCUCACCCCAAGGCCAGAGAGUGUGGUGUGUCACUCUCCUGGGAGGCUGCAGGGGAGAGCUGUGUUCUACCUGAAGGCUGAUGACCUCUGCCCCCCUAUUAUUACUACUGCCCUUACUGCCCCCCCUACUACUGCUGCUCCUACUACUACUGCUGCUCCUACUCCUACUACUACUACUGCUGCUCCUACUACUACUACUGCUGCUCCUACUACUACUGCUGCUCCUACUACUACUACUACUAUUGCUGCUCCUACUACUACUACUGCUCCUACUACUACUACUACUGAUCCUACUACUACCACUGCUCCUACUACUACUACUACUGCUAUUACUACUUCUGCUCCUACUACUACUACUCCUACUACUACCACUGCUUCUACUACUCCUCCUGCUCCUACUCUGCUCCUCCGAUGGGUGAGCAGCACAGAGUAUCCCGCGGCUGCCGUCGGUAGCUCCGGUGGUAUCGCCACAUCGACGACCGCCCCGAUGCCCAACACCACCGUGGCGACGGCCGCCAUGGCAACGGCCGCCGUACCGACCGAGGUCGGAGGGUUCCAGCCGGGGGCCAGACGCGGCGGCGGCGUGCGUGCGUACUGCGCCUGGCUGUUUGCGGGGUGCGUGUUGCUGUGCGCGCUGUCGCUGGCGUGCACGGCGCUGUCCACGGCGUGGCUGGUCCUGUGGUGCCGCCGGGCGCACGGAGCCCCCCUCAGAGACGCACCGAGGGAGAAGAGGGGAGGGGGGGGACGAAGGCAGGAAGAGAUAGCGUGUCGGCUGGCCGGGGCGGGUGGGGGGGCGGGUGGGGGGGUGCUCGGGGCUCGCUACAGCGUUGUGCUGAGGGAGGAGAGGGAGGGAGGGGAGGGUGCGGCGAGGGACUGGGUGGUGGGGGGCUGGGCGGUGACUCCGGGCACAGGAGCCGUCAGGAGCAGCUGGGGGGAGUGGCUUACUCAUUAUCUACCCAACAUGCCUUGGGGCGCGGCCAUGCCCUCGGACGGCGCUCCGGCGGAGUGA